ACAAGUGUUUUGAUUUCAAGUGCUCGGUGGAUUCCCAGGCUGAAGCCCCAGACCUGUACAGUCCAGAGCCAAUGGAUAUGACCAGGGUUGCCGUUAUUGGUGCAGGUGUGGUUGGGCUCUCCACAGCUGUCUGCAUUUCUGAAUCUAUCCCACAAUGCUCCAUCGAUGUUAUUUCAGAUAAAUUUACACCUGACACCACUAGCGAUGUAGCAGCUGGAAUACUUAUUCCUCAUGCUUAUCCAGAUACACCAAUUCACCUGCAGAAGCAAUGGUUUCAAGAAACCUUUGACAGAUUGUUUGCAAUCACUAAUUCAUCAGAAGCUAUAGAUGCUGGCAUUCACCUAAUAUCUGGCUGGCAGAUAUAUAGAACUGUUCCCCACCAAGAGAGGCCGUUCUGGGCUGACACUGUGCUGGGAUUUCGGAACAUGACUGAAUCAGAAUUGAAGAAAUUUCCACAGCAUGUGUUUGGCCAAGCCUUUACUACUGUGAAAUGCGAAGCCCUCUCCUAUCUGCCGUGGCUGGAAAAAAGGAUAAGAGGACGUGGAGGCCAGGUCCACAUCAGAAAGGUAGAAGAUCUGUGGGAGCUUCAUGGCUCGUAUGAUGUUGUUGUCAAUUGCUCGGGCCUUGGAAGCAGAGAGUUAGUAGGUGAUUUGCAGCUUUUCCCUGUGAGAGGCCAAGUACUUAAAGUUCAGGCACCCUGGGUAAAGCAUUUUAUCCGAGAUGGGGAUGGCCAGGCCUAUAUUUACCCAGGAGCCUUCAACGUAACAUUAGGUGGAACAAGACAAAAAGAUGACUGGAACCUGUCCCCUGAUCCACAGAAUAGUAGAGACAUUCUUGCCAAGUGUAGGGCUCUUGAGCCAUCUCUUCAUGGGGCCUGGGAUAUCAAAGAGAAGGUGGGCUUGCGGCCAUCACGGCCAGGAGUGAGACUACAGAAGGAGAUAUUAAUACGAGAUGGACAUCGACUCCCUGUGGUUCACAACUAUGGCCAUGGCUCUGGUGGCUUCUCUGUGCACUGGGGCACUGCUCUCCAGGCUGGUCAGCUGGUCAAGGAAUUAAUCACCACCUUGAAAAUCUCCACUUCCAGGGCAAAGCUGUAGAUAAUAUGAGACUGCAUAUAGCACCGUGUAAUUGGUCACCAGCAAUGGGCUUCAAUCAAAACUUAAGAUGGCAGAGAGUGUGAAAAUUGAAAUGCGAAAGACCUGAAUUUGAAUCCUGGUUCAGAUUCUUACAUGGCUAUGUGAUGCUGGAUAAAUCACUUGACCCCUUUGGGCUUCUGCUUCCUCAGUGGUAAAAUAAGGAUAAUAAGAGCAUCCACCUCACAAGGUUAUUGUGAGGAUUCAGUGAGAUAACACAUGUAAAGUG